AUGGUCAAGGUCGCCAUUCUCCCUCUCACUCUUCUUGCUGCACUGGCUCCCUUUGCCGCCGCAGACAACUGCAAGACUGGGCUGAACUACUGUGGUUACAACCUCUUGAACAUCGGUAACUACGGAGCCCAGGUCAAUGAGGCCCUUGUGGCUGCCCAUCAGUCCACGGAUGAUGGCCAUAUCCGUGAAUCUCUCUUCCAGUGCAAUGGUGGCAGCAACGGUGAUAUCACCUUUAUCACCUACUGCGGUGGUGGCUGCAGGGACGGUGGCUCUGGCCGCAGUGACUACUGCUGA